CUGAUCACAUCAUCGAUCAGUGAUCGAUCAGCGGCUCGUUGGACGUCAUCGGUCACACCUGCUGAGACGCGCGCGCUGCAGUGGCGGGUCUGGAUCAGGAUGAUGUGACGGAGGAGUCGCAGGUUCGAUUCCGGCGGGGAGAGGCAACCGAGGUCACACGACUUUUUAACUCCAUCUAUAGUAAAGCCGAUGAACUGCAUCUGCAUCGCAGCUAACCGCUAACAGCAGCUAACCGCUAACAGCAGCUAACCAGCCUAACAGCAACCAGUCAGUUACAGUCAGUGACCAGCGGGUGGUGCUGAAGCUGCUGCAUGGCCACAGGAGUGAACUACUGGAGCUCAUAUGAACCUGGUUACAAGGUGAGAGAGUGUGUGUGGGGCGGAGAGCAGGACUCGAGCAGCGAGGACGGAGGAGGAGAGGUCACAUGGGAAACAGCCGCCAUGGAGGUCAAGGGUCAAAUCAUCACAACACCUGACCCUCUCACUUGUCCGGACAAGAAGCAGAGGGAGCGAAUGACAGAGUUGCAGGACAGGAGGCGGAGCCUGCAGGCGCUGCUGAGGACACGAUUGGCUGAACUCAGACGCAUCUGUCUGCAGGAGGCGGAGCUGACCGGUGCGGUGCCCAGUGACUUCCCCCUGGAGGCGGGAGAGAAGCCCCCCUGUGUCCGACGAAGGGGGGGAGUGUCUCGCCAAGGAAACAGGAAGUAUCGAGCAGAGGAGGAAGACUCUCAGCGUUUGAAGCCGAAGAAAACUUUAUUCAGUGCAGCUCUGAGGAAACACAGUGACUCUGAACACAACACACACAAUCAAACACACACACACCACGGCAAGAGGACUGUGCACAGAGGCUGCCACACAGACGACACAGUGAGGUCAGAGAGCAGCUCGACAUCAGACUCAACAGGACAUGACAAUGAAGACAGCGUGUCUCAGUGUCGCCCCCCGCUGGUCUCUGCUGCUUCUCCAGUGGAGGUUUUCUACCACAACAAAACCAGAAGGAACUCGCUGCACAUCAGGACCGAUCAUCCAGAGACUCCUCAGUCCCACAAGCCCCUCCCCCUGCUGCCCACCCCCCCUCCCCCUCUAUCACAGGACUCCUCCUCGUUCCCUUUUGACCAAGUAGCAGCAGGUGAGGGCGGGAUCAGGGUGAACGCAGCUCGUCGGAGCAGUAGCUCAGACGGCCUCCUGGACCAUGUCACCCCCACAGAGGAGGAGGGGGUAGCACAGCAUGGAGGACUGAGGUUAAAUGGCGUGCCAGCGUCCAGAGGAACUAACGUCUCUGGAGUGUUCAGGAGCUCCGAGGUGCUGAUGGACGGACGAACAAGGAUAAAUAACAGACCCACUGAGGCAGGGGGAGGAAGAGGAGGAAGAGGAGGGGGGUACAGUGAGGUCCUGCUGGAUUAUGUCUGGGGGAAACAGCAGCUGCAGCGACAGCAGUCAAACACUAAUAACAGGCAGCCAAUCACAUCCCAGCACCAGCUGCUCUACAAUGGUUUCUCCUCCCAGCAGCCCCCAGGUGCCCCGCCUACCUUCCGUGGUCACUAUGGCGACCAACGACAAGUCAAAGUGACCCGCACCAAAUCCUGUGGCCCCUUCCUCCCGGUGCAACAGAGUCAGACCGAUACCCAUAAUCCUCCUCUGUCCACCAUUCAGCCUGACCCUCACCCCCACCUGCUACCUCCCCGACCCACACAGCUGCCCCCCACCCAGGAUGCCCAGCUGGAGGAGGCCACCCGGAGCCUCCACAAGGCCCUGGCCCUAGAAGGUCUGAGGGACUGGUACCUGAGGAACACACUGGGCUCAAUCCACCAAAACCAAAACCAUGCCAAUGGAACGGUGAGCACAGGUGUCUCCACUAAGGUGAAUGGAGGGGUCAAAGGUCAGUCAGGUGUGGGUGGAGCUCUGCAGCGUAGACGAACGACUCAUGGCGUCAUCCAACAAUCGAGCUAUCAGACAGAGACCAGUCAUCAUCAUACUCUGUCACAUCAGAAACAGACGCUGCCACAUUCAGCCACAUUCCACGGACACCCGCUCCACGGCAGGUCUGUGGACAACUCUCUCUACAAUGACUCCUUCCCACCUCAGAAACAGGAAGUUCCUCUCAGAGAUCUGUCUGUGGACCAGCCGUCUCCAGGGACCCUGGUCUGACUCACCGUCUAAUCAGAACAACAGAAACAGACCAAUCCCAGGCAGGCGUGCUAUCCUGCAUCCAGGUGACUGAAUCAAACACUCCUGUGGGGGUCCUGGUCCUGGUGGAUGUUCUUUGUCUGCUAUAGAACCUCCUCUGGUUCUCCAGGAUCUGCAGCUUCAAACAGUGUUUCAGGUUCCAGCAGCAGCGUCUCACAGGAGGAUGUUACUGUCCAGGUUAAAUCUGGGGGAGACUCAACAGAACGUCUGGAUAAACCACAAACAAACCAGGUCUGACACAGACCUCCAACCCAACCUGGGUCAAACCCUGGUCAAAGGUUAAUCUGGACAUACGUCAGCUGAGCUUCCUGUCAGACAGGUUCAGUCACUGCUUGGCUUUAAAUAACUAAUAUCAGGGAUGAAGAUGAACUGGAUGAAACUGUACCUGUAAACGUCAUGUGAUGACCCUCCAGGUCUGAUCCCCCUGAAUGGAGGUUCAGGUUUACUUCUAAAGUUGUUUCUAACUUUUCUAUGACGAUGUCCUCAUCUCUCAAGCCGUUUUCAGAUCUGCACUGACUCCUGGAACUUUUCCUGCAGCCUCCUGGUAAAAUGUCUGGACGUGUUGAUGAGGUUUCUAACACGUGACGGACAUGAAACUGGAAGAAUCCAAAUAUCUCAGGAUAAAGAAGAGGAGCCGUACAUGUAGAAGACGAAGACAUCAACUUGGAAAGACGAGGAGAUUCCAGAGCUUUUGGUGAUAUGGGCCGACGCCGGUUUUCCCCACAUUUUUCUGUUGUGAACAAGUCCGACUCGGACAACCUCCUGCUGCUUCUUCAGAUGAGAAAGAUGAACCCAUGUCUGAAAACUGUUUCAGACUCUGCUAAGACAAUCAGGACACAUCAGAGUUUUUAUGAGAACUUUUGAUAAGUGUUGAUGAUGAUGAUGAUGAUGAUGAUGAUGAGGAUGAUGAUGAUGAUGAUGAUGAUGAUGAUCAUGAUGAUGCACUCUCACCAGCUCAGUCCAGGAAAUCAGCAGUUUAUAAAGUCUGAAAGAUUUUGAUAAAGUGAUCAGAUCAGGUGUUUGAUUCCUCAGGUGAGUCCUUCAGAAACCAGCUGGUGGUGUUUUUCAGGUGUUUUUACAGUUUGGAUUUCAACGUGCGGCAGCUCGGUCUCAGUGUCAGAACCAGAUCCAAAUGCUGCACGAGCAUCAUAAGCCUCAUUCACAAACUGUAGGAUCCAGACCAAAGCUAACUCAGCAGUGUUGUCAUGAUUACAUUUGUGUACGACGUUUUCACUUGUGCGUCACAUGAGAGCAAGUUAGACAUAAACCCCGCCCCCUUAAUAUCAAAGUUUGCUUUUGAUCUGAAGACAAAGAACAAACAAUGCAGUGUCCUGUGAAAACUGUUAGCCUAUCAGACUGCUUGGUACGCUGCUAGCAUGCUAGUCUGGUAGGCUAGCAGGCUUAUAGCCUCUCUGACUGUUAGUGUGGCAGGUUGUUAGGCUGUUAGCCUGUCAGACUGUUAUUGUAUUAGCCUGGGAGGUUUUGGCCUCUCAGACUUUUAGCCUGUUAGCUUGGCAGGCUGUUAGCCUAUUUGCCUAUUGGACUGUUGGGUCGAUUAUGCGGUUGUAAGCCCGUCAGACGU